AAUAGCCCACAUCCAUUUCAAAAUGGCGUUCAGACUUUGCCGGUCGCAUGGAUUAUCAAAACGAUUACAAGAUGUUUUAAAGGUACAGUCCAGGCUAACAACAACAGCAACCAUUGAAGGAGGGAAAAGCAAUGCAAAUAUGUGGUUUGCAUUUGGAACUCUUGCUGCUGGAGGUCUUGCCACAGGUUACAUCCUUCAACCAACAGUUGAUGCAGCAGAACUUGAGCUUCACCCUCCCCACUACCCUUGGGCUCACAAAGGCCUCUUAAGUUCACUUGACCAUGCAAGCAUCCGACGAGGUUAUGAAGUGUACAGACAGGUCUGUGCUGCGUGCCAUUCAAUGGAGCAGUUGGCAUAUCGACAUCUUGUAGAUGUGGCUUACACAGAAGAUGAAAUGAAAGCCAUUGCAGCAGAGGCACAGAUCGAAGAUGGCCCUGAUGAUGAUGGAAACAUGUUCACCAGACCAGGAAAGUUGUCAGACAGCUUCCCUAAGCCGUAUCCCAAAGAACAUGCUGCAAGAGCUGCUAAUGCUGGUGCCUACCCUCCAGACCUGAGCCUUAUUACAUCUGCAAGACACGGUGGAGAGGAUUAUGUAUUCAGCAUCCUGACAGGUUACACAGAUCCUCCAGCUGGAGUAGAAGUCAAGGAUGAGUUGUACUACAAUCCUUACUUCCCAGGGCAAAAUAUCGCCAUGGCGCCAGCAUUGUACAAUGAAAUCAUUGAAUAUGAGGAGGGUACACCUGCAACAAUCAGCCAGCUGGCUAAAGAUGUGUGCACGUUCCUCAAGUGGGCUGCAGAACCUGAACAUGAUGAUCGUAAAAGAAUGGGAAUGAAGGCCAUGACAAUUCUCGGAUUCCUCACGUUUGCCUCAUACUACUACAAGCGUCACAAGUGGUCAGUGUUGAAGAGCCGCAAGAUCGUGUACCGUCCCUCACCCCACUCCUGAGUGGUUUAAUAACUAAACAAAAUUUAAAUAACUUUUUGCGCAGAUCAUAUCAGAAGUAGAUGGAAAAAAAAUAAGUGCGUGCUCUAUUUGAUCUGUGUUUUAAAGGGUGAAAGCAACAUUUUGGCCUUGCAAACCUAAUUAAGUGCAAAUAUUUUGUCGUGAUAUGGAGGUUUCGCACAGCAGCCAUGUUGGAUGGCAGGAACAAUAGAUUAUUUUACCCAUGGAAAAAAUUUUCUUUCUUAUGCAAAAUAUUUUCAUUGUUCCUGCCAUCCAACAUGGCUGCUGUGCAAAACCUCUUUUGACCUGAGGCUUACUGUAAAGAAUUCUGUUGAUCAGAGUGUCACCUUAAAUUUCGUGAGUCAUGGUGUUUGUUUGUUGCUGAGGUCUAGCUGCUUUUAGCUUGCUCUCUGUGAAUAGCCUCUUCCAAAAGCUGUGAGGUGAUCGCAAUUAUAUUUUAUUCCGUUCCGUUGUGAAUUACUUCAGUAAACACCAUGAAAUUAUUCA